AUGAACAAUAAAAUAACUAAUAUUUUGUUAAUCGGCGACUUAAGCACUUAUAUCGCUAUUCGCAGAACCAAAAUGGCGUCACAGUGGAGAGUUUUUGUAAUAGUUUCAUUGUGGACUGUUGUAAAUAAUCCAUCAUUAGGGACGGAGGCGUCACAAGACUUCAUUCCCACGGUAAUUCAAGUUCCUUAUAGAAGCAACGAGAGAUAUUCAGAGCCGGUUCAUAAGAAACGGUCACAUGUCACAGAAGGAAGUCACAAUAUCAGUAUCGUGGGCGAUGAGUUCGUGUUGGAUGGAAAACCGCUGCGUAUUGUCUCUGGGUGCUUACAUUAUUUUCGAUUACCCGCAGCUUAUUGGAGAGACAGACUUCGUAAGCUAAAAGCUGCUGGCCUCAACUCGGUGGCUACGUAUGUUGAGUGGAGUUUCCACGAGCCCGAAGAGAGACAGUACACAUUCGAAGGUGACCACGAUAUUGUUAAGUACAUUCAAACGGCUGCUGAAGAAGGUCUGCACGUGAUAUUGCGGGUCGGCCCCUACAUCUGCGCUGAAAGGGACCUGGGUGGAUUACCAUAUUGGCUACUUGGCAAAUACCCAAACAUAAGACUGAGAACAACAGAUAAAAAUUACCAAGACGAGGCCAAGAUUUGGAUAGAUAAGCUAUUCUCAAAAGUAUCACCGUUACUGUACGGCAACGGUGGACCCAUCAUAUUAGUUCAGGUAGAAAAUGAAUAUGGCAGUUACGGCAAGGACAUGACCUACAAAAUACAAGUUCGUGACAUGUUACACGAACAUGUUGGCGAUAAAGCAAUACUGUUUACCACAGACGGUGCUCCGCGCAGCAUGUUCACAGCAGGCGCUAUCCCUAACACUCUAACUACUAUAGAUUUCAACGCCGGCGCAAAUGUAAAGAACGCGUUCGACACGCUGCGCAGGUUCAUGAAUCACGGACCGAUGAUGAACUCGGAGUACUACACAGGAUGGCUGACGCACUGGGGUGAACGAUUCCAAACCACCAGUGCAGAUAUCCUCGUACGCACUCUAGAAACAAUGCUUGACUACGGCGCCAAUGUUAAUUUUUAUAUGUUCUUCGGAGGCUCCAAUUUUGGAUAUACUUCAGGAGCAAACUACGAUGGUACUUAUUUGCCGGAUCUUACAUCCUACGACUACGAUUCCCCGCUGACCGAAGCCGGGGACCCCACACCUAAAUUUUUUAUGAUACGUGACAAAUUGAAAAAGUACAACUUAGUAGAUGAGAGCUUCAGUCCGAUAGAGCCAAGUCCGAAGGGAGAUUACGGACCUGUCAAUGUUACUUUUAAAGUCAGUCUUUUGAGUGAGGAAGGGCGUGCCUCGUUAGGCAAGAAAUAUGGUGACGUAUCAGGCCCUACGUUACCUACGUUCGAGAAGUUGCGUCAAAAAGGCGGUUUAAUGUUAUAUGAGACUACAUUGAUGGAAUCAUCUGGAUUACUAGAAAUACACAAACCACGAGACUUGGUAUUAGUUUUCGUUGAUGGCGUAUACCAAGGUAACAUCAGUAGGAUGCGUAAGAUCUACAGUUUACCGAUUACUUCAAAGUCUGGUUCAGUAUUAUCUUUACUCGUUGAAAAUCAAGGGAGAAUCAAUUAUGGAAAUCAAUUGCACGACUUCAAGGGUAUUUUGAGUCCAGUAAAAUACAACAAAAAUAUCAUAAACGGCACUUGGACAGUGACUGGAUAUCCACUGGAAGUAUUUAACUUAGCUCAAGUAAGCCAAGUUACUGCCCCCACAUAUCCUUCUAUUUUUGAGGGUCGGUUUUCGAUCCCAUCAAGUAGUACACCACUGGAUACAUUCAUCGACACGACUGGCUGGGGAAAGGGCUUCAUUUGGGUGAAUGGUAGAAACUUGGGAAGAUACUGGCCUAGUGUAGGGCCUCAAGUGACUCUGUACAUACCUGGAGUGUGGCUAAAGACAGGACAAGAAGAAAACCAUAUUCAAAUUUUAGAACUUUUCAAACCGGCGGAUUCGCUCACUAUGACAUUCAUCGACCAUCCAAUUCUAAAUAGAACUGGAAGUAUUAAUCUAGCCUAA